CAGGUGUCUGUGACCUUCGAGGACGUGGCCGUGACCUUCUCCCAGGAGGAGUGGGGGCAGCUGGACGUGGCCCAGAGGACCCUGUACCAGGAGGUGAUGCUGGAGAACUGCAGGCUCCUGGCGUCGCUGGGGUGCCCUGUUCCCAGACCGCAGCUGAUCUGCCAGCCGGAGUCGGGGCGGGAGCUGUGGAUGGUGAAGACAGAUCUCUCCCGAGGCGUCUUUUCAGGUGAGAAGGGAAAAGCUAGAAUCACAGAACCCACUACAUGUGAGCUUGCCCUGUCUGAGAGAGCCUCCCUUCUGGAGCAACUAACACAAGGAGCUGAAUCCCCAGAAGACUUCCAGGUGGACCAAACCACGGAUCAGAAUGGGCCAUUGGAACUGCGAGAGGUACAGUGGGAAUCAGGGAUAGACCUGCAGAAGGAGAAGCUUCCUAGGAAAUCCCGCUCUGAACAUGGCGGCUGGGGGACAGCGGAGGGUGUGCAUGCGAGGACUGUGCAGGAGCAAGCCCCUGCACUGCGAGCUCUCCUGGAGCAUGGCUCAUGCAGAUUAGGUAAAGAUCGCAUGACUCAGGAAGACGAAAGUAUCUUCAAAUGCAAUGAAUGUGGGAAAGUGUUUAACAAGAAACGCCUCCUGGCUCGACAUGAGAGGAUUCACUCCGGAGUGAAGCCCUAUGAAUGCACAGAGUGUGGGAAAACCUUUAGUAAGAGCACUUACCUCCUUCAACACCACAUGGUCCACACAGGGGAGAAGCCAUAUAAGUGCAUGGAGUGUGGGAAGGCCUUCAACCGCAAGUCACACCUGACACAACACCAGCGGAUUCACAGUGGAGAGAAGCCCUAUAAGUGCAAUGAAUGUGGAAAGGCCUUCACCCACCGCUCGACUUUCGUCCUCCAUAACAGGAGCCACACUGGAGAGAAACCCUUUGUGUGCAAAGAGUGUGGAAAAGCCUUCCGAGAUAGGCCAGGUUUCAUUCGGCACUACAUCAUCCACAGCGGCGAGAACCCCUAUGAGUGCUUUGAGUGUGGAAAGGUCUUCAAACACAGGUCAUACCUCAUGUGGCACCAGCAGACUCACACUGGGGAGAAGCCCUAUGAGUGCAGUGAGUGUGGGAAAACCUUCUGUGAGAGCGCGGCCCUCAUCCACCACUACGUCAUCCACACGGGGGAAAAGCCCUUUGAGUGCCUCGAGUGCGGGAAGGCCUUCAACCACAGGUCGUACCUCAAGAGGCACCAGCGGAUCCACACGGGGGAGAAGCCGUACGUGUGCGGUGAGUGUGGCAAGGCCUUCACCCACUGCUCCACUUUCAUCCUGCAUAAGAGGGCCCACACUGGAGAAAAGCCUUUUGAAUGCAAGGAAUGUGGCAAAGCCUUCAGCAAUCGGGCCGACCUCAUCCGGCACUUCAGCAUCCACACUGGAGAGAAGCCCUAUGAGUGCGGUGAGUGUGGGAAGGCCUUCAACCGCAGGUCAGGCCUCACGAGGCACCAGCGGAUUCACAGUGGAGAGAAGCCCUAUGAGUGCAUGGAGUGUGGGAAAACCUUCUGCUGGAGCACUAACCUCAUCCGACACUCCAUCAUCCACACCGGGGAGAAGCCCUAUGAGUGCAGUGAGUGUGGGAAGGCCUUCAGUCGUAGCUCAUCCCUCACCCAGCAUCAAAGGGUUCACACUGGGAGAAACCCAGUCGGUGUAACAGAAGUGGGAAGACCCUUCGCCAGUGGACAAUCCUCAGUCAACCUCCAAGAACUCCUGUUGGGGAAAGACUUUUUGAAUGUAAACACUGUGGAGAAUGUUUUGCCAGAAGAAUCACCGUACUCAGAUUCUAAUCAUUCAUACCAAAGAGAAACCCCAGGGUUGUCUUCCCUGUGAAAAACCUGUUGCAAGAUGUCAGUGGUCUUCUCAUGAGUCAUGUUGGAAACUGACCCCGCCUGGAGCCUUAUUCUACGUGUGGGAGUUUAUUCAGGAGAGAGACCCAGUGGUUAUCAGGCACUUAGAAAACUUCCCACUCUAUCUUUCUCCUUAGUUUACACGGCAGUGUUAUCUCAGGAAUUUCUUCUUUAAAAAGAAGGGAGAGACUCGGAAGAGAAAAGGAACUACCCCCAGUUUCUUCAGACUCCAGCCACGCCUAUGGCACUUGGUCGUGGAUUUCUUAGUCUCGUUGGCAGGAGGAGAGCGUUGUGUGAGAGGUGAAGGACUAGGGUCUGUAUGUGUCUUGUACACAUGUUCACUGCUGUCCAUUGUCCAGAAAGUAGACAGUUGAAGGCAGGUCUGAAAACUUUCCAUGAACAUCCUUGUUCUAAAACAUUGUCUAUUCUUGAAGAAAAAAAAAAAUCCUUACCCAAGGACAUGUUCCCAUUACUUGUAGAGAGGGGUGGGGGGAGAAACCCCCAGCGGUUGCCUGCCAGACACAUCCCAACCAGGGAUCGAACCUGCAACCUAGGCAUGUGCCCUGACUGGGAAUUGGACCCACUGUCUUUCAGUGUAUGGGGCAGUGCUCAACCAACAGCCACACCAGCAGGCCACUGUCUCUACUCUUAAGGAGAUUAAUUUUUGUGAGAAUAUGAAGGCUUGAACCAUAAAUACUUUUUUUUUUUAGGGGAGAUGUACACGUAUGGACAGUCACAUUUUAUUGCACCGGGUAACACUGGGUAAGGCUUUGCUUUUUAAAGAACAAAUCUUCACGUGGUUUUAAAGACCCAGUACUUGGACAUUUUUUGGUCCUGUACUGUUGGUUGACUUGAUCGCUAUAGUUAAAUGGUAAAUUUUUUAAUUGGGUAAAGUGAUUCUUUUAUCCACAUUUUUUUAUUUGAAACUUAUUUAUCACUCCUACUUUAAUUUCUAUAUAAAGUUUUAGAUAUACAUGAUUUUUUUUUACCCCAAAAUAUCAAGUUUUGAUAGAAAUUGAGUUAAAUUGGCAGGUGGCUCAAUUUGUUGAGAACAGGCAUCUUGACUGCGUUGAGUCUUCCAGUUAUUUAACAUGGUGUGUCUCUAUAUUGCAGCAUUGUUUAUCUCCUUACUGUUUUAUAAAGGUCAAUAACAGGUCUUGUCCAAUUUUUAUCAGUCUUUGGUAUUAUACAAAUCAUUUUUGGAUGUUAUUCUGGCAUCCUGCAAACUUUCUGAACUGUAACCAUUUAUGUGUUAGAAUGCUUGGGAUUUUUCUGCAAAGAAAAAUAGGGAUAGUUUUUAUUUUUUCUUCUCCUCUGCAUUACCUAUUCUUUUUCCUGUCUUAAUGCACUAGCUAGGAUUUCCAAUAUAAUGUUGAGUAGAAGUAGUGAGAAAGAUAUUCUUGUUGGUCCCUCAUAUUAGAGGGAAAACACUCCGUUUUUCAUCAUUAAGUCUGAUGUUCGUCUUAGGUUUUCUUCAUAGAGGUUUCUUACCGAGUUCAGAAGGUGUCCCAUGUUCCUAAUUUCCUGAGGUUUUUUGUUAUCUUGAACGGGUGUUGAAUUUUGUCAAAUGCUUUUUCUCUCUUAGUUGAUAUAACCAUGUUUGUUUUUUUCUGUAGCCUGUUGGUAUGAUAUUUUAAAUAUUUUUUCUUUUUUUCCCAUCACCAUUUAACCUAUACCCUCUAACACUUCCACCCACCCCAUCUUUUCCCCCCUCCCCCCACUCCUCACCGCUGUUUUAAAUAUUGAACCAGCUUUCUAUCUUUGGAAUGAGCCCUACUUGGUCAUGGCGUCUAAUUAUUUUUAUGUAUUACAGUAUUCAGUCUGCUAAUAUUUUUACUGAGGAAGAUUUCCUCUAUUUUCAUAAAAGAUAACAAUAUUUAGCUUCUUUUCCUUAUUUCCGUUCUUUGGUUUUGUUUGUUUGGUUAUCUGUACUGUCAGUGUCUGGUUUUGGUGUGCAGGUGAUGCCGCCUCCCAGCCGAUGCUGAGAGCUGCUCCUUCCUCUGUUGUUUAGAAGACAAUGCGUAGGAUUGAUUUUACUUGUUCUUUUAAUGUUUGGCAGCAUUCUCCAGAGAAUCAUUUAGUCCUGGAGGUUAUUCUUCUGGAUGCUUUUUAAUUAGGUAUUUAUUUUAUUUAAUAUGGAUAGAACUAUUUAGAGUAUCUAUUGCAUAUUGGAUGAAUUUUCAUUGUCCUUUUCUAGGGAUUAUUCUACUUCAUGUAAAUUUUUUAUUUGCUUCAAGUAUUCUUUUAUUAUUAUUUUGGCAGUAGAAUUUGUUUAUUACCCUGUUUUAUUCCUGACAUUGAAAUCUUUCAACUCUUUAUUUUGUCAAUCUUCUUAGUACUUAUCACUUUUUUAUCAUUUCAAAGAACCAGCACUUUAUAUUGGUGUUUGCUUGUUACCUUUCUGUUCCUAAUCUCACAGAUUUCCUGAUCUUUAGUAUAUUCUUUUUCUACUUGCGUUGGUUGUGUUUUCCUCUAGUUUCUUGAGGUGGAUGCUUAGGUUAUUAACUUGAGAUUAUUUUUCUAUUGUAAGCAUUAAAUUCUAUCAUUUUCCCCCAAUGCACUGUUUUAGCUUCAUCUCACAAGUUUUAAUACAUUUUAAUUACAUUUCAUUCAGUUCUAAAUAUUUCUUCAUUCAAGACUUCUUCUCUAAACCAUGGAUUAUUUACAAAGUAUGUUGUUGACUUUUUAAAUGUGUGGCAUAUUUCAUGCUCUUUUUCUAAAAUACUUUUUUAUUGAUUUUU